ACCAUUCUCUGACUCAAACGAACAUCAGCAUUCGAAUAAGCUUCUUAUUCCCAAUCGCUGCUGCAAUUGAUUUCAAUUCUUUUACCUAUUUAUUUCCAAAAAUGAUCAAGUCAAUCAGUUUUCUGCUGUUCUUUUUCGUUGACUUUUUCUACGUUACGCAAUCGUGUGAUGGUAAUCACGGAGUCGUGGAACAGGACUGGGAAUUCCGUAAUAUCCAGCAGUCUGACGUUUACGAUCCCUACCGUUACGUGAACAUCCCCUACCUGAUUCCGUAUUACUAUCCGACGAGCUCCAGCAUCCAGACGUCAGACAAUUACGAAGCGAGGACGCCGUCUGCUAGCAAAUUGGGUUUCUCCAAUCCGUUCAAACAUUUGCAACAGACUCCGAAAAAUGAAGUUAUCGAAGAUGCGGCUGAAAAUCGAUUUUUCGGCAAAUUGAGUUUAGCUUCUUCUUUAUUAAGCAAUACUGGCUUGUUCCAGAACAUGUUUGGUAACAAUGCUGCCAUUGGCGGAUCCCAUCACGGGUUGAAACCAUUUUCCAAAGUCAGUAAAUGGUUGCCCUCGUCCAAUAAUCUGGAUUUGUCCAAUGUGCUGUCCAAAUUCGAUACAUGUACGGCUGCGAGCCAAGAGGAAGGUAUCUGUGUUCCAGGUGUAGCUUGUUCUUUCUUCGGUGGCCGGCCAAGCGGCUCUUGUGACGUGAAAAAUGUUUGUUGCAUCAAUGCUGUUGCAAGCUGUGGAAGUACAAUCACGCUCAACAAUACUUACUGGCAAUCACCGACGACCUUACCGUCUUCCUGCUCGUUGACUAUCAAAUUGGACCAGACAUUGCUGGAACAGGGCCAGGAAAUUGCGCAAAUCCGUUUGGAUUUCAUGUCGUUCAGCAUCGGACAACCGAACGCUGACGGUAAUUGCGCCACUGACGUUUUUCGAGUGAGCGGUGCCGAAAAUUUAGUACCCGAGAUUUGCGGAGAUAACGCCGGCCAGCACAUGUAUUUGGACGUCCCUUCAACUGGAAUGGGAAUGACCUCUUCGUCGUCAAGAGAGAUUAAUCUUUCAUUCCAACUCGGAGCUCAAUCAAGUGCUUCGCGGAUGUGGAACAUUAAAGUCUCCAUGUUGGCUGCUGGCUCCAAGUAUCUCGCUCCCCAGGAUUGCCUGCAGUACUACACAAGUCCUACGGGCAGAGUUCGUUCGUUCAACUGGCAAGAUGUUGGUGGCACUGCUACACGACAACUCAACAAUCAAAACUACAACAUUUGCUUCAGGACUGAACUCAUUAACCGACAGAGAGCCAAUGAGAUGUGCUUGUCCGUUUGUCCGGUUAAAAAUGGAGGCGAUGCUUUCCUCUUAACUACUCCAACCGCUGCCACCAAUCCAGCCGCCAUUGCGGCUAAUGCCCAAGCGGCCCGUGACGCAGCUAAACUUGCCGCAGCACAAACCGCCCUCAAUUCAGCCCAGUCAGCGUUAACAACGGCGCAAACUACGCUAACAACCGCUCAAAAUGCCGUAACGGCCGCUACACCGGCCAACAUGGCCGAGCUACUGGCCGCUGUGGCCACAGCGCAAUCCAAUCUAAAAUUGGCGCAAAACAAUCUCGUCACAGCUCAAAAUGCCUUGUUGGACGCUGGUAUCGAUGCCACGCCAGAACAAGCCCAGGCCGUUAUAGACGCCCGGGCAGCUGUGACAGCAGCCCAGACGGCCCUUACAGCCGCCCAGGCCGCAGCGAACCCUCCUGAAUUGGUUGCCGCACAAUCUGCGUUUGUUACGGCUCAAUCAUCGUUCAACUCAGCCCAGUCCACUUUUAAUAGCGCUCAAAGUUCGUUUAAUGCGGCGCAAUCAGCAUUUGCUGCGUCUUCUAGCGCCGCCGCUGCCGCCAAUGCUGCCGCGUCAUUUUCGUCUUCUUCCGGCACGACGUUCACGACAACCACAACAACGUUCGGACGUCAAGAGCCCCCGGUCGAUGAAAAAGCUGGAGAAGUUACUUACGCAAUUUGCCUGUACGAUUAUCUGCUCAUCGAUGGCGGAAGAGAUGCCAACAAUGCGGUGGCGGAUCGUUAUUGUGGCAAUCAAAUGAAUCCGGCAACAGGUGGAAGCAACAGCGUCCAAGUUUGCUCUCCAAUCAAACCAUUCCGGAUUACGUAUCACACUGAUGGCACUGAAGGAGCAGUGGCUGCCGGUACGAAUAUCCUUCCAGCAACGGCUGAUACCGCAAACACUGGAUUCUGUCUAGACUUCCAAGAGCGAUAGAUUUAAUCCAGAACCGAUUGGGAAAUCAUUUCAUUUAAAAUAUCCGUUAAAUGAAAUUGAGAGAGCCAUUUCUUAGUUUAAUGUUAGCAUGGUGACGGAUUUAGUUUAGUUCAUUUCUAAUUCUUUCGGUUGGUGUUGAAUUUGGCCGUCAGUUGAAAUGAAAUUGUAUGAAUCAUGGCAUAUAUUAAAAUGGAAAUAAAAAAAAGGCAUUUUUCAAUAA